AUGGAACCAUAUACUCUAUUAUUAUCCGUGCUUACAUUACUAGCAUACAACUCUUUACUAUCCCACUAUGGGAAAGAUAAUAUCAUUGAAUCAAUAUGGUUAUUAUAUUUGAAAUUUUCAUCAAAUUCACAAAUUAAAUUAUUAAAUUCAUAUAAAUCUGAAAAAAGAACUGUUCAAAUAAAUAAAAAUUCUAUAUCACCACAAGAUCAAUAUGCUAAAUGGACAAAAUUGAAUCGUAAAACUGAUGAAUUAAACAAAAAAAUUGAAGAUUUAGAAUUAGAAAUUAACAAUUCUUCAACAAGUUUCAAAUCAAUAAUUUCAAGAUUUUUACAAAUUAGUUAUUGGUUACCAAUGGUUUUUUUCAGAGUUUGGCAUAGAAAAUCUGUUAUUUUUUGGAUCCCAAAUGAUAUUUUCCCUUGGUUUAUUGAAAAAUCUUUAAGUUGGCCAAGUUCUCCAAUUGGUAGUGUUGGUUUAUCUCAAUGGAUUUUCUUACUAAAUGCAUUUAUUGGUGGGAUUUUAUUCAUUCAAAAAACUUUAACCAGUUCAAAUGAAUUGGAAAAACCAAUUGAUCCUUCAUUAAAAUCUAAAGAUGUUUCUACAAAAGUAAAAUAA